CAGUAGCUUGGGAUUUUUAUUCGUAUCAUCAGAAACAUCGAGAUAAUGGAUGGAGAGGAUGUGGUCAUGGCUGCUUCAGAGAACAACGAAGCAGUGCCGGAGCUGGAUGACAUGAAGAGGCGGUUGAAGGAGAUGGAGGAUGAAGCUGCUGCUCUACGGGAGAUGCAAGCCAAGGUUGAGAAGGAGAUGAGUUCUGCACAAGAUCCUGCUGCUGCUACAUCUCAAGCAAGUAGAGAGGAAGUAGAUUCACGAUCAGUGUUUGUUGGCAAUGUCACGCUUCAUUCUUCAAGUUUCUGAUUAACUGGUUCUGGGAUUGGGUCAUAUUGUUUAUGAUAUUAAUGUCUGGGCUAGUAAAAAAAAAGAAAUUUACAUGAUAAUGUGGCAAAGAAAAUGAUAAAAAGAAACUUUGAGAAAAGAAAAUUCGAAGGCUUUUGAAACCAUUUACUUGAAAAAGAAAAAUAAAGAAAGAAAAGAGAAGAAAAGAAAGGAGAGGUGAUAAGUGCUAAAAUCUGAGUGACGUAACAGAAAAGAAAUGGAGAAUCAACAGGGCUGUAGGUUAGGAUUAAAGAGUGUUGGUUAACUUGAGCGAGUUCUUGGGCCAGGAUGGACAGAGGAAAAGAUGUGGUUCAAGAUUCCUGGGCCUAGACUCAAUCAGGUACAAGGAGUAGCAUGCAGGAAGGGUAACGACUAGCUAUGUACAAAGUACAAGCCCACAGAGCUGCCUGUCAUGGAGAUUAACACUCACGGAAUGAGUAGGCAUUUUACUCCUUAUGGUGGACUAUUCAUGCACCCCUGAAGAAGUACAGCAGCACUUCCAAUCAUGUGGGACAGUAAAUAGGAUCACUAUUCGUACAGACAAGUAUGGCCAACCAAAGGGUUAUGCAUAUGUGGAAUUUGUUGAGCCAGAGGCUGUUCAAGAGGCUCUCCUUCUGAAUGAAUCUGAAUUACAUGGCCGUCAAUUGAAGGUGACUGCUAAGAGGACCAAUGUACCAGGAAUGAAGCAGUUCCGUCCUCGUCGACCUAACCCUUACAUGGGAUUUCCACCAAGGGGCUCACAGAUGCCUCCUUAUUUCUACUCUCCUUAUGGAUAUGGGAAGGUUCCAAGAUUCAGAAUGCCUACUCGUUACAAUCCCUACUACUGAAUGCUUUUUUUCGCGAGGAAGCAUUGCUUCCGGAUAGAUACAUCUCGGAAAACGUUAAGUUUCUUUUUUACUGUCAUGGAUCAUAAUGUUUUGGAAGAUGAAUGAGCAAUGGCAACUUGAUGUGUGUGAGAAUUGAACAUAAGUUUGUGGUAGACAAUGCAACUUAUGAUUUCUGCAUAAAUUGCUUGAACGUAUGCUUUGCUGUUGAUAGUUUAAUAGAUGUGCGUUACCUGCAUUUUAA